AUGGAUUGUGCAAUAUCCCUGAGUACUACAACUCAACAGAUUCAACCAGAUUGCUACCACGAUCCUGACAUCUGUGCUGAGGACGAAUGGUGUAAUAUUGACGUCCAUGAUAGGUGGGGCCCGUGGGCGUUUGAUGAAAAUGGCACGACAUUCCUUGACAAUGAUAAUGGAUUGUGCAAUAUCCCUGAGUACUACAACUCCACAGAUCUGGAGGGUGAGAAAACACAUGGCCCCUGA